AUGAAAUUAUUGCCUACUAAUGAGGACUACAUUUUUUCGUACCUACCAGAUAAGCUGGAAGAAGGGAACAUUAAAGCAAUAGGAGCUUUGAUUAAAGGUUUUAGUUUAAAUCCAUCAUUCACGUCACAUUUAGAACCUGUUGCAAAGGACCAACUAAAUGAACUACUAGACACGGGUAGUCUAGAAAUCAAGCCUCCUUUUGUACCGCCAAUGGAGCUAAGUGGUGACGGAAAGAACUAUAACGACGAAGUUAAGGGUACUACAGAGAUAUUAAAUGGCGCGAAUCCCGAAACUGAAGUUUCCUCAAACGAGAAGGAGGAUUCCGAAUUAAGGGACAAUUUGAUUCAAAAUUUAUCAGAAGUGAAUGCAUCGAAGACGAUGUUUGGGGCUAAUUAG